AGAAGAAACAGAAGGAGACGAGAGUUCCGUACUUCCGGUGCGUCUCCAGCGGGGAGGAGAGACCUCUGUAGUAAUGGCGGACACGUGUGGACAGAUACUGCUGGGGUCGGGACUCACGGUCCUCUCCCACCCGCUCAUGUACAUCAAGGUGUUGGUUCAGGUCGGACAUGAGCCUCUACCCCCAAUACUUGGAAGAAACUUGUUUCGCAGGCAAGUGUACCAGCUGCCGGGACUGUUCGCUUACGCAAAGCACAUCAUAAAGAUCGAUGGCAAAGCCGGCCUGUUCAACGGGCUGCUGCCCCGGCUCUGUGCCAGCACUAUCGGCACCGUGGUCCACGGCAACAUACUGCAGAAAUGCCAUGAACGAGGUCAGUUUGAGGUGCUGGGGGGCUGUCAGAAGGCCGAGGGGGGGUCCCUACAACACGUCCUCAACGAGACAACAAAAGAGAUGGUUGCCCGCUCCUGUGCCACAGUAGUCACACACCCCCUGCACGUGAUCACUUUGCGAUGCAUGGUCCAAUUUAUUGGGCGGGAAACUAAAUACAGCGGUGUCUUUGACUCCGUCGUCACCAUUUAUAAAGAGGAGGGCGUGCUGGGAUUCUUUGCUGGGCUGAUUCCUCGUCUGCUGGGGGACAUCCUGUCUCUGUGGAUCUGUAACCUGCUGGCUCACUUCAUCAACACGUACGCCAUCGACGACACGAUGAGUCACACAGGAGAAAUCAAGAACUGUUCCCAGGCCGUGACCGGGUUCUUUGCCAGUAUGCUCACCUACCCGUUCGUGCUGGUGUCCAACCUCAUGGCGGUCAACAACUGCGGGCUGGCUGGUGGCCUGCCUCCCUACGCCUCCGUCUGCCCCACCUGGGUGGACUGCUGGAGGCAUCUAAGCAGAGAGGGCAACAUGAGCAGAGGGAACAGUCUAUUUUUCCGGAAGCUUCCUGCAGGAAAGACGUAUGCCAUUGACCAAAAGAGAUUUUUUUAAGUCUAGAAGGAUCUGAUCAGGUAGACUCUAAUUGUAUUGAUAUAAAAUAACUGAUAACGUAUUCCUGAGCUGGGGUUGAAUGGAGGGCAACCAAUAUUUCGAAGCACUUGUCGAAGUUGAUUUAUUAUUAUUUGUGUUAAUGUCUGCCAUUAUGGAAUUAACAAUGUUGCAUUCGUUUACAUCAAGGUCUGCUGCAUCUUUCUGUUAUUUUCAUAGCGAAUAACCUAAUUUAAAACCUAAACGGCACUAAAUGUUAAAAGCUGCCAGGCGUUUCUCCUACAGCGUGCGCUCUCACUGACUGGUCAAUACGUGUCUCCUCCCCAAUCGGUCUUCCCUUUACGAUGUUUAACGUGACCUUCCACCGAGAUGUGAUGGUUCUUCUGCUUUGGUUUGCAUAAAGCAAUGUCUAAUUCUGCAUGUGUUAGUGUGUAACAUUGGAUAGGUACGCGGAGACCUCCUGUGGUCAUGUACACACUUUUGUCAUCCCUGAAACACCACUGUUUGGCCCCUGGCUGUGAAGUUAAUGCUAAAGGUUCUGUGGAUGUUCAAAUAAAGGGGGCUCCUCACAGGAGAGGAGGAUGGAUGACCAUAUCUCCUGGCCUUCUCACAGUAGUUGAAUGCUUGUAUGAACUUAUUCAGAAUGAGCAAAAUAAAAAUACAAAAUUAUGCUUUUUUAAAAAUG